CCUCUCUCUCUCGCAGUCUUUUUCUUCUCCUUAUCUCCUCCGCCUCUUUCUAGGGUUUCUCUCAAAAUCCAAAGCUCGCCCAAAUCAUCAAACCAUGGCGGACGAAUCUCAAUACUCAUCCGACACUUAUUCCAACAAACGCAAAUACGAAGAACCAACCGCUCCUCCACCAUCAACCCGCAGACCCACUGGCUUCUCUUCUGGUCCGAUCCCAUCUGCUUCACCUGAUCCCACCGCUACCGCCGUUCCUCCGCCGUCUUCUUACAACAGCGUUCCUCCUCCCUUGGAUGAAAUCCAGAUUGCUAAACAAAAGGCACAAGAAAUCGCUGCCCGUCUUCUCAACAGCGCUGAUGCUAAGCGUCCUCGUGUUGAGAACGGUGCUUCUUAUGAUUAUGCUGACAAAGGGUUUAGCUCAUAUCCUUCUUCUGAGGGUAAGCAGAUGUCAGGGACGGUUCCAUCUUCGAUUCCGGUGUCGUAUGGUAGCUUCCAGGGAACUACCAAGAAGAUUGAUAUUCCGAAUAUGAGAGUUGGUGUUAUCAUUGGUAAAGGUGGAGAGACUAUUAAGUAUCUUCAACUUCAGUCUGGAGCCAAGAUUCAGGUCACUAGAGAUAUGGAUGCUGACCCUAAUUGUCCUACAAGGACUGUUGACCUAACGGGGACGCCUGAUCAGAUUUCAAAGGCUGAGCAGUUGAUCACUGAUGUCCUUCAAGAGGCUGAGGCAGGUGGGUCUGCUGGUUCAGGUGGUGGCGGCCGUAGGAUGGGUGGACAAGCAGGAGCUGAUCAGUUUGUUAUGAAAAUUCCUAACAAUAAGGUUGGUCUGAUAAUUGGUAAAGGAGGUGAAACUAUCAAAUCUAUGCAAGCUAAGACUGGAGCUCGAAUUCAGGUUAUUCCUUUGCAUUUACCCCCUGGAGACCCAACGCCAGAAAGAACUUUGCAGAUUGAUGGGAUAACCGAUCAGAUUGAACAUGCUAAGCAAUUAGUUAAUGAAAUCAUCAGUGGCGAGAACCGUAUGAGAAACUCCUCAAUGGGUGGAGGCUAUCCUCAACAGGGUGGUUAUCAAGCCCGCCCGCCAUCAAGCUGGGCACCACCUGGUGGUCCGCCUGCACAACCUGGUUAUGGUGGUUACAUGCAACCGGGAGCAUAUCCUGGUCCACCUCAGUAUGGUCAAUCACCUUACGGGAGUUACCCUCAACAGACUUCAGCUGGCUAUUCCUCUACCUGGGAUCAAUCCUCUGUGCCACCAUCUCAGCAGGGUGCGCAAGGUGAGUAUGAUUAUUACGGUCAGCAACAGUCACAGCAACCAAGCACUGGUGGUAGCUCAGCCGCACCGACGGAUGCCACAGGCUAUAAUUACUACCAGCAUGCUUCUGGUUAUGGCCAAGCUGGUCAGGGAUACCAGCAAGAUGGGUAUGGGGCUUACAAUGCCUCGCAGCAAUCAGGAUAUGGUCAAGCUGCUGGGUAUGAUCAGCAACAGGCUGGUUACGGCAGCGCCGCUAAUCCGAGUCAAGAGGAAGACACAUCUCAAGCUGCUCCGCCAUCGUCAGCUCAGUCUGGACAGGCUGGGUAUGGUACAACUGGUCAACAGCCUCCUCAAGGAAGUACUGGUCAAGCAGGGUAUGGAGCUGCUCCAACUUCUCAGGCUGGUUACAGCAGUCAGCCACCAGCGGCUUACAGUUCUGGAUAUGGAGCUCCACCACCGGCUGCAAAGCCACCUGCUUAUGGUCAGAGCCAGCAGUCUCCAGGUGCUCCUGGCAGCUAUGGUAGUCAGUCUGGAUAUGCUCAACCAGCAGCGUCAGGGUAUGGACAGCCUCCAGCAUAUGGGUAUGGUCAAGCACCUCAGGCAUAUGGGUCUUAUGGAGGAUACCCACAAGCUGCUGCUGGUGGGAGCUACUCGUCGGAUGGAUCGGCUGGAGCCGCUGCCGCUGGUGGUGGUGGUGGUACACCAGCUUCACAGACUGCUGCUCCACCUGCUGGACCGCCCAAGGCAUCCCCAAAAAGUUGAUAUGUCUAAGGGUAAUUUUCAGCUGUUAUUACAAUACAGGCUUCCUUGCACUAUCUUUUUCUUGAGGAUAUCUUAAUGUUUGUGUUUUGACAUUUUAGUUUUACAUUUAAAGAUAAUGGUUAAUGUUAUGUUUGGUCG